UAAGUUGAAUCGAUCCAGUUUCCCUAAUUUUAAAGUUCUCCCUAAUUUCUUAAUCUUCUCAGACUUUCCUCACAUAAAUUAUAUUGAAUCUUCUUGCAGAGACCAUUUAAUAGAGAGCUCUCGAAAGAUCUUCUGAGAAUUAAUCUUGCUUUCUGAAUCUCACUGCUCAGAUUUUCUAACGAAUGAGAUCAAUUUCAGGAUCAACAAACUUAGAUCCCGAAAUCAGUAUGGGCUAUCGGUUUCUACGCUCCAUUACCUUAUCUCCCGAGAACUAUUGAGAGAUCGAGAAACUUGCGCUGCAUCGGACCGAUGGAGAUCUUCGCGCUCGAGACCAAACGUCUUCCUCUGCGCUCCAUCUCUUUUCUCGCCCAUCAAUCUUCUCCAACUCUCACUUCAGCUCUCUUACCAUCUCCGGAACGGACAGUCAAUGCUCUGAGGACCCAAAUGAUUCCUGAAGAGAUGGAACUUAAUCGGCCUCCUCUGCUGACUGAGAUAAAGAAGUGGAUGAAAUAUGAAUUCAGAGUCUACAGAGAGCCGUUGGAGGAAUACUUUCGUGGUGGCAAUCAGCUCAGCUUCAUAUAUACCAGUUUAUUGGGCACACUGUUCUCUAUCUAACAACUGUUGGUGCUCCUGCAUAUAUCGCAACAGAUGUUCUUCUUCAGCAGGAAUAUGAUGGCAAAGUAUGUGGCCAUGAGACCAAUUCCUCUGUCUAGAGUUAAAACAAGCUACUCCAUUAUUCUUUUAGCUGUCUGAAUAACGCGGGCGUCACAUGCACCUAGAUUGCAGACGUAUGGUGAUGCGGCAUAGCCUUAUACUUAAUGUUAUUUGAAGCAUAACGAUUUGAGGCGCAAGAGAUUAUCAGAAGACUGCAACUAAUCUUCUUUUAAGUUCUUCAUGUCUCUCCACCUAUCCUCAUGCUUGAUUGUUCUAAUUUAUGAGGAGGUAAAAUAAAUUCUACACAACGUAUCUACACUAAAAAUAUAUACCAUAUUUUACAUUUAUGAUCCGAUCUAACUAUCUUUGCAUCCUUAUCUUGAAUUCCAUCUAAGGUGGAUAUGAACCUUUGUUGUUUUUUUUGCUUAAAUUGUGAACCUUUGGUUUCUGUUGAAACAAUGACUCUUAGCUGUC